AUGGCCUUACUUCGCGGUGUCAGCGUACUGUCAUGUGUUCUAGGACAAGCCCUCGCUCAGUCUGUUAAUAUCAGUCCGCUCGCCCAAGCAUGUCCUGGCUAUACAAAUAAUACUGAUGUGGUUUGCAUCAACCGCUAUGCAUCGUCCAUGCCACCAUCAUUCACCCGUCAAAGUUCGACUGGAGGGACCUUCUCCUCGAACGACACUUUCGUUGACACUCAAGUGCCUUCCGACCCGUCUUUCCAGCUUGUAAAGAACGCGACUUUUGUGGUUUUUGACGAACGCGGUAGCCAAAUACUGGGAUCCACUCCGAAGCUAGAGCACGUCUUUGCCAGCAGAAAUGACUCCAUUCAUGAAGGUCCUGUAUACGUUCCUGCACUAGACGCAAUCAUCUUCUCCUUACCUCAUCAAGGCAUAUACCAACAACAGAUCAUUCAUCUCAAUGGUUCGACACCUCGCUUGGAGAACUAUACCACCACUCCGCCUGUCUAUGCUGUGAAUGGUGGUAAGCUCUUCAAUAGCAAGGUCUACUGGGCUGUGGAGGCAGGCUUCUCGUUUCCCUCGCCUCGAAACGGAUCCCUGGUUGCUCAAAGACCUGGUAUCUACGAGCUUGAUCCUGCUACUGGAGAGGUCACUACCCUGCUCAACAACUACUUCGGCCAGGCAUUCAACAGUCCUAAUGAUCUUUGGAUAGAUGCACAAGGCGACAUCUGGUUCACCGACUCCUGGUAUGGCUAUGCCAUCAAUGUCACCGUAUAUCCAGUACUCCGACCUGCAACCUACCGCUUCAGACCGUCUACCGGGCGUGUCUCCAUAGUGGAAGACAGCAUUGCUCAGCCCAAUGGUAUCGGCAUGUCUCCAGAUGGUCUUACUAUGUACAUCAGCGACACUGGCGUGACGGACUUCGAAAACUAUCCCACAGAUGGCCCUUUGCCUCGUUAUACCUACAAUCCUCUCGGAGGAAAUUCACUCUACGCCUUUGAUGUCGUUGCGUCGCCGGCAGGGUCCUACAUUACCAACAAGCGUCCGAUCUACCUGGCUCAGACAUUUGGAGAUGAUGGCUUCCAUGUCGCGCAGAAUGGAUACUUGCUGGCGGCUGAAGGUGGCGGUGUGACUGUGUUGAGCGCGUACGGAGAAGUGCUUUUGCGCAUCGAGACUGGCUUCACGGUGAACAACAUCCAGUUUGCUGGACCAGGAAGGAAGGACCUUUGGAUAUUUGGAGAAGGUUCCAUCAGCCGCGUGAUCUGGGACUUGGUAGGCAUGGCGAACGAGUGA